AUGACUACAGAAGGAACAAAUGAAUUAAAAAAUAAUAUUGAUAAUAGUUUAAAUUAUUGUGAUUUUGAAAAUAAUGAUCUGUGUGGUUGGAUAAGUUUAAAAGAUUAUUGGAAGAUUACACAAAAUGUUGAAUUAGAUGCAAUACAUUCUAUUAGUACUUCUCCUACAGGUGUUGGAAAUUUUAUUUAUAUUCAAAAAGAUCCAUCUAUUGAUGAACCAGGGUAUUUGAUUUCUCCUGAAAUUACUUCAACACAAUUUUCACAUAUUACAAUACAAUUUUAUUAUCGAAAAAAUUCAAUAUCUCCAAUAAUAGAUAUCUGUGUAACUAAGGGAGAUAUAACAAAGCUUCGUUGCUUAGAGAGUAUCUCAGAUAAAGGACCACAACAAUGGAUAUUUAAAAAUAUUCGUAUACCUGACCAAAUAGAACCAUUUAAAAUUGUAUUUAGAGUUAGGAAUAUGAAAUCAAUUAUGGAUGUUGUUGCGAUUGACCAAAUAAAUAUUGAAAAUAUACAGACAACUAAAAAUGGAAUAAGAGGAAUUAAACCGCAAAAAAAUAAUGACAUAGAAAAUGUGUCAACAAAAAAUGAUAAAAAAUUGACAAAUUUAAAUAUAAAAAAUGAAAUGGAAUCAGAAGAAAAGUCAAAUAAUUAUUUAAAAAAAAAUUCUAAAACUCCUCAAUCUUUUAAUUUUAAUGUUGGAGAAUUUCCAUCAUUUGCACAGGGUGUUGAUAUUUUUAGACCGAAUGAGGAAACAUCACGUGGAUGUGUUGCUGUUAGAUGUUCAUUUAUGAAAAAUAGUUGUUUAUGGUCAUUAGAUAAUGGUUGGAAAAGAAUUGAUGGAAAUUUAGCUAUAGAAAAAAUUGGAAGUGAAAGUAUUACAUCUGGAUUAUUUUUAGUACCACUUGCAUCAUUUUUUGAAUUUGAUCUUUGGAUGAGUAAUUCUGCCAUGGUAUCAAUAACUCAAACUUAUGAUAAUCAUGAAGAAAUAUUAUUUUCUCAAAAAGGAAUGUCAAGUAAUGGAUGGCAUCGUUUUCGUAUACCACUUCAAGCAGGAUUUGUACCAUCAACAAUAUCUAUUAAAGCAAUUAUUAAUAAAAAUGAUUUUGUAACUAUUUCAAAUGUUAAAUUAGUUAAUAGUAAUGGUGAAGAAAUUUCCUGUGAAACUGUUCAAACAGAACCACAACAAAAAAUUUCCGUACAACAGAUAAUUAAUAAAAAACAGUUGAUUAAUAAUUAUAAUAAAGGUUCACUUCAAAGAGAUCAACCUAUACUAGCACGGUUAAAUGGGAUGCCUGUAAUUUUACCUACUCCAAUUACAAUGACACCAAUUAAACCGUUAAGGUAUAAUAAUUUUGAACGAUUAACAUCUCUCCAACAAACAAAUUUGAUACAUGAAAAUACAAAAAUUAUAAAACCAAGAAUUUAUCCUUCAUCAUUAAAAACAACAACACCAUCACCUAAAAAUGAUUUAUCUAAUUUAUUUAAAUUCACCCAACAAAUUCCUGGUGAAUGGCAACAAAAAAUAAUUAAUAGUAUUAUUCCUGGAACAAAUGUUGAUAAUAAAGAUGUUUCUGAACAGAAAAUCAAUAAUAAACAAACUUUAAAUAUAGGAAAAUUAUUAUCUUCAAUAGGUGGUCAACCUUUAUUAGAAAAUCAAUUAAAACAUUUAGCACAAAAAUUUGGUUUUACAGGAAUAAAUGAUCCUCGUGCUAUAGAAUUAUUUCAAAAGUUUGUUAAUAAUCCUAUGGUAAAUCAACGGAUGAGUGAACUUAUAAAUAAUGAAAUUUCAAAAAAUAAAAAUGAUUUAGUUAAUGUAAAAACAGGUGUCUCACCAAUAAUUCCUAUUAAUGCUAAUGUAAAAGAUUUUGAAAAAGGUUUUAAAGAAAAAUUAAUGAAUGAUAAUCUUAAAGAUUCUCUAAAAGAUCAAGAAAUUAAUAGUGAAAUAAUAAAAAAGUUUGCUAAAUUUAUUGAAUUACCAACAUCUAAUAAAAAUGAUCAACAACCUUUUACAAGAAACAAUUUAGACUUUAUUGUACACAAUGCUCUUAGCCAUUCUGAUAGUAGUUUUUGA